CCGGGGAGAGAGGUUGAAAAAUCCAUUUUCAAUCUCCCCCACUGCUUGUCCCCUUUAUUAUUAUAUAAAAAGUUAAAAAAAAUAUCUUUUUUCCUUUCUUCUUCUUUUAACAUCUCCUAAUACAACUUUCCUUUUAAUUAAAUAUGAAGUCUAUUUUCGCCGCCAUUUUCGCUGUUGCUGCUGCCGUUGCUUCUGCUCAAAAGAUUGUUUCCAGCAGACCCGCUUCUAACCAAGUUAUUGUUGCUGGUGCCAGUACUCAAAUUGUCUGGGCUCCUGUUGAUGGUGUUAUUUCCACCAUUGACCUUCGUAAGGGUGAUCAAGUUGCUUUAGCUUUCUUGAACACCGUUGCUACUGCUGUCCCUGCCACCACUGGUACUUAUACCUGGAAUGUUCCCGCUGACCUUGCUGCCGGUACCGAUUAUGCUCUCUCUUUCGGUUCUUCUCCCAAUGAUACCUACUCUCCUUUCUUCACCAUCCAAGCUGCUACCGGUGGUGCUGCUGCUCCUGCCUCUAGCGCUGCCAGUGCUCCUGCUGCUGCUGCUUCUUCCUCUGCUGCUGUUGCACCUGCUGCUUCUGCUGCUUCCUCUGGUAAGCCCGCUGCUGUCUCUUCUGCCGCUGCUAGUGGUAAGCCUUCUGCCUCUGCCUCUACUUCUGCUCCUGCUGCCUCUGCCACCUCCGGUGCCAACAAGAACGUUGCUGCCGUUGGUGCCAUGGCUGUUGCCGGUGCCGUUGCUGCUGCUUUGCUUUAAAUAGUUUUUUUUUUUUUUUAAAUUGAAAAAGGAAAAAAAAAUUCUUUUUUGUUGAAAAAAAAAAAAAAAAAAAAAACUUCAUAUUUUUUUUUUAAAUCCCCCCCCCCUUCCCUUCUUGUACUCUUUUAAUAAUAAUAAUCUACUUUUUUUUUAUUUAAACAAAU